GGCGGGUGCUCGCUUGAAUACGAUUUCGUCGUUUUUUUGAGUCGUGUGUGCGUAUGUGCGUGCUGUUGUUCCUCUUUGUGUUUGCAUUCGUGCGAAGCGAUCGAGUUAAAGAUUUGGGUUAAUAUCGACGCCGGAUCCACAAUGAUGAAUAUGCCUACAAUUUUUUUAUGAAGUGCGUAGAAUCUGGAAUAAUCAUGAAUGAUGAGCCCAUAGAAGUAUUAUUCAAGUCGAUAGAUGAUGUGGACUACACACCUGUUGAAUACGUAUUGCCGGAUGAACAAUUGACUGAGAUAUUAUCGGAUGUGACACAAGACAAAACUAUAUUAAAAGUAACAUAUAGCUAUCAGGGCAAGUUAUAUAAAGUGACGGAAAGUAGUAUAACUCACUCUAAACUACAGGCAGAUGAAAAUUUCUUUGCCGAAUUUUUCCAAAAAGCUACUGGAAAGAAUAUUAUACAAGAUAACUUGGAUGAAUCUUACUCUAGCCAAAUCAAUCCACAUCAUACAAUGCCAGGACAGGAGAUCCUCAUCGAAUCACCUGACGAUGAUGAAAAUGAUUCUAAAUUUGGAUGGGAUAAUAAAUCCAUUUUAUUCCUCCUAUCCAAAUAUUCUGAACGGCUUGCGAAAUUUAGAAGUCCAACAAUAAAAAAAAUUACGUUGUGGAAAGAAAUAGAAAAAGAAUUUCAUAAAAUAGGGAUUUCGCAGGUUAAUGCACAAAUGAUUGACCAUAAAUUUCGCAAUUUGAAAGCCAGAUAUAAAAAUAUAAAAAAUAAUAACAAAAAAACCGGACGAGGUCGACAAGCACGGGAGUGGUACCAACAAAUGGCGGAAAUUUUAGAAAGUGAUAAAUCUGUCAAUUUUGACAUCGGUAUCUCAUCAAUGGAUGAUGGAGCAAUCAACUUAUCGCAGCACAGAAUUUCAUCGGCAUACAGGUUAUCAUCGACAUUAAUGUCAUCUUUUCAAAAUUUUUAUGAUAGUCAUAAUUUUACACAUUUUUCGUCACGUAUUCGGUCUCUUUCCUCGUCUUCUGACGCGUUUUCGGACAGUGAUGCAGAAACUAGUGCUGACACAUCCUCCAAUUCACAUCACCUGGAUGCUGGCGAUUGUAGUUGCAGUUCAAAUGCAGUGUCAAAUGGAGAGCCAAUAUCAUCAGGGAGCGCACAAUAUUUAACAUGUUCUAAUCCAUCAAAAGAAUCUAAAACUAGAAAAUCCACCCAUGCAAAAAACUUAUACUCACAAAGAAACAGAGCAUUGCAGCAGGAGUCGAGCAAAAUAGAUGUACUACGAAGCAUUGAAAAUAAAUAUGACAGAGUAUUGCAGCAGGAGGCGAGCAAAAUAGAUGUACUGCGAAGCAUUGAAAUAGCAGUAGCACAUAAAAAUGAAUUAUUGCAACGGAAAAAUGAAUUAUUGGAAAGACGAAAUGAGCUAUUGGAAAGUUUAAUUGAGAAAAAGAAUAAUACCACGCAGUAAUUAAAAAUUAUCUCUUAUAUCUUAAUGUAUAAAAA